CCUCAAUUUGCAUAAGUAGGAACCUCUCAAGAAACUUCAAAGUCCUCACAACUCUACUUUUCUUUUAUAUCAGCUUACUUUCAUUGUAGCUUCUUCUUCAUAGCAAAGAAACUAAGAAAGUACAGAAGAAAACUAAGUAAAGAAGCAUGGAGAGACAAAAAAGCAUGGAGAAAGGGUUACUGAGGAAGAGCUUAAGCAUACGUGAGAGAAAAUUCCCAAACGAAGAAGCUUUUCUUGAAACCGGAUUAUCCAGAAAAUCUCCCAGAGAAAUUACCAAGAAAGCUCAAAACGACGAUGGUGAAUGUCGUGUUACUGCCACUGUUUUCUUUAGCACCUUUGUUGCCGUCUCUGGCUCCUUCUGCACCGGUUGUGGCGCUGGUUUCUCGUCGGGUGCGCAAUCAGGGAUUACCAAAGAUUUAUCUCUCUCUGUUGCAGAGUACUCAAUGUUCGGUUCGAUUUUGACACUAGGCGGAUUGAUUGGUGCAAUAUUCAGCGGUAAAGUCGCCGAUGUCUUGGGAAGAAAGCGGACGAUGUUGUUUUGUGAAGCCUUCUGCGUCACAGGCUGGCUUGCUGUCGCAUUGGCUCAGGAUGCAUUGUGGCUGGACUGUGGAAGAUUGCUGCUUGGAAUCGGCGUUGGUUUAUUUAGCUACGUGAUUCCAGUCUAUAUAGCUGAAAUUGCACCAAAACAUGUCCGUGGAUCAUUUGUGUUCGCCAACCAACUGAUGCAAAAUUGUGGCAUUGCACUUUUCUUCAUUAUUGGCAAUUUCCUGCCAUGGCGAUUAUUAGCAAUAGUCGGUUUUGUGCCUUGUGUGCUCCACGUUUUUUGUUUAUUUUUCAUUCCCGAGUCUCCAAGGUGGCUGGCGAAGAAAGGUCGUGAUAAAGAAUGCCGAUCUGCUUUGCAACGUCUUAGAGGAUCUGACGUAGACAUUUCUCGUGAAGCAAACACAAUUAGAGAUACCAUAGAAAUGUCCGAAGUUGACGGUGAAUCUCGAAUGUCUGAAUUGUUUCAGAGACGAUAUGCAUAUCCCUUACUUAUCGGAGUGGGCCUUAUGUUUUUGCAACAAUUAAGCGGGAGCUCAGGUGUAACAUAUUAUGCCAGUAGCCUCUUCAACAAAGGAGGAUUUCCAAGUGCUAUUGGCACAUCUGUGAUAGCCACGAUCAUGGUUCCGAAAGCAAUGUUGGGAACAAUUAUAGUCGAUAAAAUGGGGAGGAGAACACUUCUAAUGGCUUCUUGUGCUGCAAUGGGUUUAAGUGCGCUGCUCUUAAGUGUUUCCUAUGGGUUCGAGUCAUUUGGAAUUCUCCCAGAUCUCACUCCCAUCUUUACUUGCAUCGGUGUAUUGGGUCACAUUGUGGCAUUUGCAAUGGGAAUGGGAGGACUACCGUGGAUUAUAAUGGCUGAGAUAUUUCCCAUGAAUGUGAAAGUGUCAGCUGGAACCUUAGUUACCGUGACUAAUUGGUUAUUUGGAUGGAUUAUCACAUAUACUUUCAAUUUCAUGCUAGAGUGGAAUGCAUCAGGAAUGUUCUUCAUCUUCUCAAUGGUCUCCGCCUUUUCGAUUGUGUUUAUAUACUUUCUGGUACCGGAGACUAAAGGUCGAUCACUUGAAGAAAUACAAGCAUUGUUCUCGAACUCUGUACAAUAACUUGUCUUUUUGGUAAAAUGAUCAUAUAAAUCGAUGCUUGUAACUGGUAAAAAGUCGAUUAUUAUGAUUGGUGUGCGUUUGAAUGAGAUUUGUGUAUGGAUUGAGUUUUGGAUGGGAAAAUGGCAACAAUAAAUUUGUAUAUUGGCAA